AUGUCCAGCCCUCUGUCUUCUUUUCAGGAAAAUGAAACUUUCAAAAUGCUUUGCAAAGACUGGAAAGAGAAGCUUCUUAAAGAACUCGGGGUGGUCCAGGCAAAGUUGCUAAAAUCGGUAGAGAAAUGCGUUAGAGAACUUCGCACCAUUGCAGAUGGCAUUGAUACAUUUCACAAGAAUGCCACCAUAGCCAGCGUCUUCGGAAGCUCAGUUGGGAUAGUGGGUGGAAUCACCACCAUUGCGGGCCUUGCUUUGGCUCCUGUUACCUUUGGAGCAUCUCUGCCUGUGGCUAUGGCCGGUGUGGGAGUUGCUACUGCUGGGGGAAUCACUGGGGCUGCAUCUUCUAUCGCAGAUACUGCUAAUAUACGCAAGAAGGGCAAGAGAGUAGAGAAGAUUAUACAGACAGUCCAGUUGGACAUAGAACAGUUAGAAAAACUUCUGGAAUCCAUUAAUAAUGACAUUGAGGACAUGAAAAGGCAGAUGGGUGUGAAAGAUGCUGAUAUUGCGAGAGUCAGUGUAAGAGGAGUCUUUGCCGCAGUUGAGAUAGCACGGCUGGCUCAGCUGGCCACUGUAUCAACUACUGCUGCAAGAGCAGCACAGGUAGCAGCUCAGGGAGCCAAGGCCGCAGCAGCUGUAUCUGGAGUCUUAACAGCACUGUUUAUAUUUGUGGACAUUGCAUUUGUUGCAAAGGGAGCAAAAGAUCUGAAAGACGGGGCUAAAGCUGAGCAGGCAAAACAAAUCCGAGAUGUUGCUGAUGAGCUGGAGACCGAGUUUGUAAAGAUACAAGCUGCUGCGCGUGAAGUGCAAAAUUGUUUUUUAUCCAUAUAAUAUUUUUGAUAUCAUAUUUAACUGACAAGUAAUGUUUGAAACACAGAUAAUGCAGUGGUCAGGCAAGACUCCUAUAUCCACAAUAAUGUGCACAAUUUUGAUUUUCCAUUUUUAAAGAUCAGUAAAUUACAGAAGUUUUACAAACAGUUUGGGUUAAAUUCUCUUUAAUUACAUACUGAUCCUACAGUAAAUUUAAUUAAGUGUGCUUGUCUAGUUUAAGUCAUGUAGCAAUCAUUACAGCUCUGCCACCCUAGAGGAACCUUAAAUAUAGUAUAUAUAUAUAUAUAUAUAUAUGUAUAUUGUUUAAUCUUAUGUUCCAUCUCAAUUUUUUAAAUUGUUUUCUUACUCAAUUUGGUGAUUGCAUUGAUUAAAGGAGACUCAAUAAAUUUAC